CACUACCAGCAUGGCCCACUGCAUCUCUGCCGACUGCAGGCUGGGCAAAGGCAUCGCUCUCACAUUCAAAAUGAAGUUUGGCGGCGUUCCGGAGAUACGCUCACAGCACUGCCGGCCGGGCGAGGUGGCGGUCCUGCGGCGCGGUGAGCGCUUCAUCUAUGCGCUGGUCACCAAACAAAAGUACAGCGACCGGCCGACCUACGACACACUGCGUCGGUCGCUGCACGCGCUCAAGGAGCACUGUGUGGCGCAUGACGUGAAGCACUUGGCGAUGCCACGCAUCGGCUGCGGGCUGGACCGACUCAGCUGGGACCGAGUCCUAGCCAUGAUUCGCUCCGAGUUCAAGGACACGGCCGUCAAAGUUGAAAUCUACUCGCUGUAGCAGGAAGGAAGUGGCCGGGAGAGGAGUGUUAAAGACACUUUCUGAGGUCUAAAGGGGACCAGUUAACUGAUCUGUGAUUGAUAAUGAUCCUCGAGUGCUGUGCUGUCACAAGUGGAUGACGCUAAAUGGAUUGUGUCGCUUCCUUGUCAUGAAUGGCAUAAUGUUGCCUUCAGAAGAGUGGGUUGAAACCAGAAUUUCGUCCAUUUUUUGUUGAAUACAUUUUCUUACGUUUUAGUGAGGCAUUAAUGGUUGGCCAAUAGUGGUGUUAGGGAAGUUCUGAAGCCAGUGUUCUGCGAUGUUCAAACAGCUUGAUUGCCAUUCAUUCAUGGGUUCAUUGAUUUAUCAUCUGCCCAAAACUGAACUAAGUUUGAUUGACCUGCCGUUUGAGGUGCUUGUAUUCUCUUAGCAGAGGUCAAGUUGUGACUAUUGACCAUUCAUGCGUCGCCGUCUAUGCUGGACAUUGAUCUGCAAUGACACGAUUGACGGCGACCCCGCUGCUUCCAGUAUUACUAAGAGCUGUGCAAUAAAACUCCGCAAUGUUU